AUGAAUAAUGAUAUAUUUCUGGACACAAUACGCAUCAAACUUACUCGGGCUCUGGGGAAGAUCACAAAGCCACUCUCUGACGAGGCUGCAAUUGCUCUCAAAAAUAACUGGACGGAUAAACCGGAUUGGCAUGACCUCGUUUUAAAAGCCAGCAUCGAAAGAAUUAUAGCACAGUUGUCAUGCAAAGUCUUCCUAGGCGACGAACUGUGCCAAAACGAAGAUUGGCUCCGGGUUACGGCCGAUUACACAGGCCAUGUUCUCCGAGCAAGCGAAACGCUAAGAUUAUGGCCGGAAAUUGUGCGUCCUAUCGUUGCUCUGUUCUUGGAAUCAACUCGGAAGGUCAAACGGGAGGUUCAGGAGGCGCGGAGUAUCAUAACCCCGGUUCUUGAGAAAAGGCAGAGGAGCAAAGAGGCCGCGGUGAAGGAGGGUAGAGUUCCAGAGAUCAAUGACAAUGCCACGCAGUGGAUGGAGGAAAUUGCAAAGGGUCGCCCUUAUGACCCUGCUAUUAUGCAGUUGGCGUUUGCUACCGUGGCCAUUAUUACUUCUUCUGAUAUGUUGACGCAGGCUAUAUUUGAUCUCUGUGGGAAGGAAGCGCUAGUCCAAGAGCUCAGAGAUGAGAUUGUGGCUGUGAUGCGACAAGAGGGACUGAAGAAGACUGCUCUGUACAAGCUUCAGCUCAUGGAUAGCUUUUUGAAGGAGUCACAAAGAAUGAAACCUCUUAGUCUUGCUACGUUCCGACGCAUGUCAACAGAUAACAUCAGGCUGCAAGAUGGAACCGAGAUCGUAAAGGGGACAUCGCUAAUGAUUAGCAACGACUCGAUGAGGGAUCCGGCCUUUUACGAAAACCCAGAUACAUUUGACCCGUAUCGAUUCGUGAAGUUGCGACAGGUUUCAGGUCGCGAACACUCUGCCCACCUGGUUGCAGCAUCACCCGAACAUAUGGGGUUCGGCUAUGGUAAUCACGCAUGCCCGGGGAGGUUCUUUGCUGCCAACGAGGUGAAGAUUGCGUUGUGUCAUAUGUUGUUGAAGUAUGAAUUUAAACUUGCCGACGGGACUGCUCCCCAGAUCAGAAAGUAUGGAAUUGGGAUGCAGGCGGAUUGUAUGGCGAAGCUUGCGGUGCGUCGUCGACGGGAGGAGAUCUGUUUGGAAGAUCUUGCAGAUUAA